ACUAGAUCCAAGCGCCUUACAGUGUUCAUCCUUCAUCCUUCACACUCCACUCUGUAUUGAGUCGACCCAUCACCGGUACUCGAGUACACCUGCAGGGGCAUCUGACUUGCCUUUCCUUCCAUCCAUCCUAUUCUCGGUGCCACGAAUCCAAACCUGACAAAUCCAAAGCGCCAAACAAUCCCCCACCGGUAGCCCGAAAACGCCAAUAUCAUAUCAUACGUUAAAUUUUUAUAUAAACCCUAUGGCACUCCCCCAUCCGAGACCUUUCCUUCUCACCACUCCACACCACCCUCUCCUACCCACACUCUUUACAGUACAGUCUUCCAAUCUCCAACUAGGCGCAAGCAGCCAAGCAUUUUGCCUCUUCAAUUCCUCCCAUAUCAAAUCACAUUCCUUACUUCAAUUACCAAGCCCGACAAUCACUCAAAGCAAGCAAGAUCCAACGACAAUAUUAUAAAAAAUGAAGCUCACACUCGCAUCUCUCCUUGCUCUUAACGCUGUCAUUGCUGUUCACGGGCGUGCUAUCCCCGAAACUCAGCCAGAAGCAAUCUGGGACCGCCUCGUCGGUCGCUUCGCCAGCAGUUUUGAGGCCCAUCGCCAUAACAACAGAGCGGUGUUUCCAGAGUACAAGCCCUCGGGAACUCAAGGAGUCGUUCCGAGUGCCGGGACGACCGGAAGGCCGACUGGUACCGGAACGGGACCCAUUGGGACAGGAGCCGUUGGGACAGGAACGUCUGUGCUGGCGGGCACGGGUACUGGGAUAGUUUCCGGGACUGGAAUUCCGACCUACGGUGCCGGAACAGGAAUCUUUAUUGGCACGGGUACCAGGGGUGGUGUUUACCCAACUGGCACUGGAGUAAUUCGCCCACCAACAACGAGCAUCCCCCGUCAAAUUCCCACCUCGAUCCCCAGCCAAAUUCCCACCUCAAUCCCCGGCCAAAUUCCUACCUCAAUCCCCGAGCCAUCCCAAAAACCCAAUACAACUUCAAAAUCCCCGCAACCCUCAACCGGCGUUCCGCCAGGUGCCACUGACCCAGUCCCACUCCCACAGUGCUCGGGAGCCACGUCUGCCGCCGAGACAAGAACAGUCACCCAACCGGCUGUGACCGUAACUCAGCCUCCUGUCACAGUAACCAUGCCUGUUACCGUUACUGCACCAGCUGUCACGGUUACCGUAGCGAGCGGGGAAUGUUAUGAUGACUCCGAAACAUACUAAACAGUGGUUGUCUUGCUUGGGAGGGGGGGAUCUGGUAAUCCUGGAAUGUAGUUUUUUUUUUCAUUUUUUCAUUUUUUCAUUUUUUCAUACUCCCUCUACCCCGAUUUCUUAUCGAUAAACUUAGUGUGGGUGAGGGGUGUGGGGUGGGGGGCGGAGCGGUAUGGUAAAGAGGGAAAUUGAACUGGGUUUGAGACUCCAAAUGUACAGUACUGUACUGCAAAUUAUAGAAGAUUGUAGAAAUUAAAACUUGGGCGUUCCCCGA